AGUCUUCUCUCUCCGGGUCCGGCGGUUCGUGGUGGCAGAAUUCGUCGGUGGUUUCGCGUUCCAAACUUUUCCCCCUCUCUCUCCACCCCCGGGGGAUAUUUUCCUUUUGUCGGGGCCAUUUUCCUGACCGCGCGCGCUCGUCGUCGUCGUGCGUGGAAAAUUCAUCACAAAAUCGUGUGCAAACAUUUUUGGCGAUUUUCGCCUCUCUCAGCUUGGCCAGAUCGAGUUUCGUGCGUGCGUGAAUUUUAUCUUUUUUUUCGUGCUAGUGUUUGUUUCCAGUGACGAUUCGCCGAGCUGUUUCAUAAGAUUCGGAAAAUUUGUUCACGUCAAGAAGGAAGGGGGGGAGUGUUAAUUUCAUCACACCCUUUCCCCGCUAAGAAAAAAGGAAAUCCAAAGUCCUUCUCCGAAGUUGUGCAUCUUUGCUCUCUGGCGUACACACCCUCACAAUCAGAGGGAAAAUACUUCUCGAAAGAGAUAAAAAAAAAACAAUUGGUCGCCAAACAAAAGCAAAAGUAUUUUGCACCAAAAACCGGAAACUUAUCGCAAAAAUGACCAGUUUUGGAUCGCUGCAAGGGUGAAGUAAACAGCACAAAAAAGUGAAUAACAAAAGUGAAAAGUAUUAAACAAAAAAAGUUUUCAAAAAACAGCGAGUCAAACUUCAAAAGGGGUCUUCCGCAGCGGCCGUCGUCAAAAAUUUUCCCGGAGCUUCGCGCCUGACAAGCACACAAUGCUGCACCUGCAGUAGAAAUGCCCCCCUGCCGCCAUGGCCCUGCGAGGUUGGCGACUGUUCGGGUUGGCCGGAACGAUCCUGGUGUACAUCGGCGGCAUUCUGUUCCUGUCCUUUGUCUCGCUGCAGAGCCCGAACCAGCAGAAGCGUAACCAUGCCCGGGGUUACGGCGCUGGCGGCGGCGGUGGCGGUCCCGGCUCCGGCGGUGAGUUUGAAACGUUGCGCAACCGUGACCUUGGCCUGCUGGGGAAGAAGCCCCCGCUGCAGUGGUGCACGGAACUGCGGUACGCGGAUGCUCCGGUGCCCCAGCAGAAGGCCUUCAAGCUGCUCCAGACGUUUCCGGGGCAUUUCGUGAAAAAGUUCCACCAAAGUUACCACGCCCCGGUCAAGCUGGACACUGAGCAGCAGCAGCCGCCACAGCACUACGAGGUCCACAAACCGGUGGUCGUCGAUUCCGUGACGUCCUCAAAGUCCCAAACCCAGUCGCCACAAAGGCCUAAUAGUAACAGCAACAAAUUUAACAGUAAGCUAGCAGAUAGUGAUAGAAUAGCAGCAGCAGCAGCUUCGACCGGUGCAGAUCGGCAUCUACCUCCGGUGGCAAAGACGUCGGUGUCGACGACGGUGGCGAGGCCACUGACGGCGCUGGUGUCUUUCCCCGGCAGUGGAAACACCUGGCUGCGGUACCUGUUGCAGCAGUCGACGGGUAUCUUCACCGGAAGUGUGUACAAAGAUUACGGCCUACUCAAAAGUGGCUUUCCUGCGGAAAAUAUAGCCAAUUCUUCGGUCCUCGUCGUAAAAACGCACGAGUGGGGCCCGACCGCGUGGACCCCGUACGGGCGGGCCAUCCUGCUGAUCCGGGACCCGGAGAAGUCCAUCCUGGCCGAGUUCAACCGCCAAAGUGGGGGCCACGUCGGGUUCGCGUCGCCCGACCGCUACCGCCGCACCAAGGGCCGAUACUGGACCCAAUUCGUCAAGAACAAGCUGUGGGCCUGGGAGCAGACCAACCUUUCGUGGGCGAAAAACUUUACCGGCGAGGUGAAGCUGGUCUUCUACGACGAUCUGGUGGAGAACGUCGAGGGCACACUUCGAAGCAUUCUCAAGUUCCUCAAAUUCCCGGUGAAUGAAGAACUCUUGGCGUGCGCCCUGAUGCGAAAGGAGGGAAUCUACCGGCGCAAGAAGCGAAUUCUACAGUUCGACCCGUAUAGUCCGGCGAUGCACGCGAUCAUCGACGAGAAACGUGGCGAAGUGUACGCCGCGCUGGGACGCUACGACGCGCACUGAAUCUAGUCGCACAAUGGAGAAACAUGUAGAAAAAUUUUAACCAAAAACAACAACCAAUAACCAAUCUAGUCACUGAUUUCGGCCAUAAUUUAUAUAGCGCUAGUUUGUUAGAAAUUAAACAAAAGAAUGUAAAAAUCAUCGGUCUACCAGCAAAUUCGAGGCAUUUCAUUAAAAAUUAGAACUAAAUUGCUUCCAAAAUUCGUUCUCCUUCCACGAUCAAAAUUUCUUUCCAAAAAGAAGCUACAAUUAUAAUUACAAUGUAAAAAAACAGAUCGCAAACCAACUGAAAAACUCGCGUAGACAAGAUAUUUUUUAAGUCAACAUUAGUAUUUGCGUAAUUUGUACUUAUAUAGAUUUUAACAACUGAAACUAUUGAUAGUUCACAAACAAACAAACAAAAACGGUAACGAACAACAAUGCUCUAGUCACAAAUACAAAACAAAUCAACACAAACCAAAUAAAAUGCCAGAGGACAACAAACAAACACACAAAGCAUACAUAACAUAACAGAUAGGUGCAUCAAUGUAGUGCAAAAUAGAGACAGUUUGUGAAAAACUUGUAAGACUUUUAGCAAAUAUGUGAAUAAAAUACCAGUUACUCAGCAGCAGUGUGGAGUGUGGUGUGGUGCAAUUCUUUUUUGCGACAAAUGCUGUGCACGCACACUUACACACUCGCACAAACACACAUUACCAGGCAGAGAUACAUAGUACCAUUGUUUAUGAAAUGUUUACAUAACCAAAGAGAACACAACAGAGGAAAAGAGUUUGUCGAAAGGAUUGAGAACUUCGGCAAACGAAAAA